AGCGACCUUGUAUCCUCACCCUCCCUCCAAUUUAGCCGUUCCCCCCCGCGAACCGAAGCAGCGCCCUCCAGCCUCCAAUCCCGGCGACUCCGCCUCCCUUCUGCAGAGACUGCAGCUCUCCUCUCUCGCGCGCGCCAGGAGCGCCCCGUGCUCCGAUGGGGUCGCCGGGGAUGGCGACGGCGGCGGGCACGGCGGUGCUGGUGUACCUGGUGCUGUCGGGGCGGCUCUGCGGGGACGCCGACGGGGCAGCUGGCGGCAGGGGCGCCAUGGAGGACGAGAUGAUAACCUCCGCGGUCUCGGAGGCCGCGGCAGAGAGGGAGCGGAGGCAGGAGGAGGCGCAGGGGAGGCGGCGUGCGCGGCGCGCGAGGCGCGGGCGUCGGUGGCCGGAGCGGGCCCCGGACGGGUGGGGCGAGGCGGUGACGGGGGCCGCUCGGACCGUGCGGUUCGCCUACGGGCAGACGCUCGGCAAGUGGUCCCUCGGGGAGCUCGCCUUCGGGAUCAACUACUACAUGCGGCAGCAGGGUAAUCUGCAGCAUGAGUAUGCUGGGAGUGAUUCUGUACGAUUGGGAGGGCCUGGGGCAAGAGAGGAGCUGAUUUCAUUACUCAGAUAUAUGAAGUUAUGCAUGUAUUUCUCAAAGAAGCCAUACAAAGUGUUUUUGGAAUUUGGUGGAUUUGAUCAGAGUGAUGUUCUUAUUAAGAAAUCUAAGGCGAGGUUUCUGAAGCCUGCUUUCACAGUUGUCCGUGAUAGAGACUCCAAAUGCUUUCUCCUUUUCAUUCGGGGGGCUAUUAGUGUUAAGGAAAGGUUGACAGCAGCAACUGGAGCAGACAUUCCAUUUCAUCAUGUUGUGGCUAAAGAUGGCUGUGUAUCCAACCUAGUGCUGGGGUAUGCGCAUUGUGGAAUGGCUACAGCGGCUCGCUGGAUUGCAAAUCAGGCCAUUCCUUGCCUCAGUAAAGCAGUAGAGCAAUUCCCGGACCACAGAAUUACGAUAAUUGGGCAUUCAAUGGGUGCCAGUAUCGCUGCAUUAUUGACAUACAUUCUGCGUGAGAAUGACAAGUUAUUAUCAUCCACAUGUAUCGCAUUUGGACCAGCUGCUUGCAUGACAUGGGACUUGGCUGAGUCGGGUAAAGACUUCAUUACGACUAUCGUCAAUAGAAAUGAUGUAGUGCCAUCUCUUGGUAGAGUUUCGACUGCCAAACUCCGUACAGAGGUGAUGGCAUCAUCAUGGGUGCACGAACUUCGUGAACAAAUUCAACAGACUAGAUUCUUAGGUUUCGUCAAUCGCUCUGUGAGCUUCGUGCGAUCUCAUGUACCCUUCGUAUCAGAUCCAAAAUCUAAAGUUGUAGAUGUCGAUAUGCUUCAGCCUCCCACUUCCGAGGCUGAGACCAGAUCUUCAGAAGAUGUCAAUUGUGCUGCGAAGAAACGUUCUACUCUUGUUUGCUGGUCAUGUUCUUCUGCACGGAAGCGGACUAUUGAUCCUGCAAAACAUACUCGGUACAUUACAAAUCAAACUGAUGUUGAUGUGAAAACUGAAAAAAACGACACUGAAGCGGCUGAUGCAGAGUUAGUCUCAAUUUCUUUUGGGGAGUUAAACCUUCAACCAUUAGAUAAUGAAGAUACCGACAAGGAGGACAUCAAAUCACCUCUGAAAAGUUCAAGCGAAGGACAGGUCAGAGAAUCCUUAACCAACAAGCAGAUGGAGCCGUCAUCGUCAAGCCCUUCUGAAGAUCCCCUCCAGCUAUACCCUCCAGGAAGAAUACUGCACAUGGUUGCAUUGCCAGCUGCAGAAGAGUCCAACACAAGUGAGCAAGGUAGCCAGGAGGAGGUUGUCACCCUGUACGAGACACCUCGACAUCUCUACAGCAAGAUUCGUCUGGGGAGGUCCAUGGUAGGGGAACAUUACAUGCCCAAGUACAUCAGGACAAUGGAGCUGUUGAUUGAGAAGCUUGCGAAGGAGGACAUGGACAGUGACCAACUGGACUUGUUGUAGCAGUGACUGAUCAUUGAUGUACAGAAUAGUUGUUGUACAGAUCACGGGAAGAGAGUGCAUCUGCUUCUGUUUGCUAGCACCUUAGCAUCCAGAAGCUGUAUGACUUUGUUCUGUUGAUGUGCCAUCAACAGGAUCAGCUCGAAGAGCAGAAGCCUAGUGAUGAUUUCGGUAAUUCAGCAGUGUUGUUGCUUUUGGCUGUGAAUAUUCAUCUAUAAGUUAGAUUGGCUAACCCAUGCCGUUUGUUCAGAAGGUAUUUGGUUCUGAAGCUGUUUAAGAUCCAUCAAUUUGUCUGAAUCUGUUUCAGAUCUUGUUUUUUUCGGUGUUCGAUGGUUGUUCAUCGUGUGUGAUGCAUUUCAUACUGUCUGCUUUCUUUAGCUCGAUUUCUGUAAUCAUUGUAUUCAUCAUAUAUGUACAGUUUAGUUGAAUACCUAUUUAGAAGCUUUGUGUGGUUAUUCAACCUCCUAUA